GGUCCCCCCAAGUCAGUGCUCAACCUCGCCUCGCUUUGGUUGAUUUUAUUUUAAUCUCAAUUGUCUGGCUUUCUCUCGCGCGAGACUCGAGAAGAGGACUUUUAAGUCUAAAGCUUCCCCCCUCCCCUCUCCCCGCUAUCAUUAUCGUUGCAGUCUCUCUGCCUUUUCCAUCCCUUAUCUCUCUCCCCUCUUCCUGGACUAAGUAGACAUAUCAUAUAGUGUUGCUUGGAUCACCCUCCACUACUUGCCACUAUCAUCUCCGUCCAGAACUAUAUCUACCACACUAUCUUCCUUCUAAACCCAAUAUCUACUGGGAAUUUACUUUCCGCCGAACAAAUCCCCACCCUCUCGGGACAUUCACAGCGUCAUCGAUCUAGGUUGCCACUUGCAAUGAUUCAGUGGUUCACUUCAACUCUACGCCAUUCACCACUCAAGAUCUAAAGAUUCACUUGUGAUUGCCAUUGUUAUAAUAAUAAUAUCCACGAUAACUCGAUUACGACGACUUUCUGUUCUCUCUUUCCACUUGCGAUCUUAUUUAUCUAUCUUGUCUCUCUCCACCGCUCUCUAUCCCCAACCACGAUUACAAGCACAACGUACAACUUUAUAUCUCGUGAUCUGACCGAAACGUUAUCAUGGCUACUCACGUUCUCACCGCCACCACAUCUCCUGCCAACCAGAUUUCGGUCUACGGCCAGCCGUCUCCGGUUAAUACCGCCAAUAACUCUCCUACUUCUCCCCGUCAGCAGUAUCUUCCCUUGCAGACUCGUCAGUUACGUCCACCCAAGGGACCCCUCUAUGUUCCCGCUGCCUUGCGCCCGACCGAGCGUCCUCAGAAGCCGUCUCCGCCUUCCCCCCCUCGCAGUGUCCAUGGUUCUCUCGAUAGCUUGAAUGACGGCAGCGAGGAACCCCAGCCUGCCCUGACCCGUCGUUCCACCAUUGAGAGUGCGGUGAGCGAUGGAAUCAGCAAGUUAGCCCAGGAUGAAUUGAUGAAGCAUGAGCAUCUCGGUGAAGUCACUGGUCUUCCUACUAGAGAUCACUGGAAGGCGGACUCAGCCUCUCCCAACUGUGACUCGCCCACAUGCCGCUCCUCUUUCGGUCUCUUCCUUCGUCGCCAUCACUGUCGCCACUGCGGUCAUGUCUUCUGUUCUUCUCACACUCCCCACGUCGUUCCUCUCGACCAAGAGGCUCGCUUCCACCCCGAAGGCGUCCCCUCUCGUGCGUGCGACCUGUGCUGGCUUGCCUUCCAGCGCUGGGAGGAGUCGCGUAGCGAGCGUCUCAACAAGAUCCAGACCUUGAUCGAGGCACAGAACAUCAAGACCGAGGAAGUGGCCGAGGAGACCACGGAGCAUGUGGACAACAUCGACGAUGAAUCCAGGAAGGCACUCACUGCGAUGCUGGGUCAGAGCACUGAGAUUGCUGCCAGCAUCCCUCGGGGCUGGAACUGGAGCACCUUCUAAUUGACUCAACCCUUGAGACUUGCUGUCGAUGCACUUUUGGUGCCAUCGACCCCACUCUUUUGACGCAUCUGCUGUCGCAGACAUGCUCUACAUACGCGCAUUUUAGAACAUACUUGGUUUUCGCUUCGGCGUACCAUCUGGGAUUUAGCAUUUCGGUUACUUUUGCACGGUGUUCGGAUCUGGUUUUCACUUUUACGGCUUAUGUCUUCCUUCUUCCGGCGUUCAGCUCGCUACCACUCGAUCGUCAUAGAAACGGGGGGGGGGUUUGUUCUUUCUAAUCUUCGUUCUGCUCUCUUACUGGAUACCCCGUCAUGUUGCUUAUGCACGGCGAUCUUUUUUUUACGAUUUACUCUCUGGCGCUUAUGGAAGGAUCUUAUGGUAAUACAGGUGUUGGUAAUGCAAUACAAGAAUCUAUCUAUCAAGCUACGUCUA